GUGUAGACAAUUGUAAUGGCUCCUCGUGGCUCACUUCAUAAUUGAGAAAGGGGGAGAAAAUUCGCGUAAUCCUCGGAAGGACGAUUAUCGCGAUAUCUACCGUCCGAUCAAACUCCGAAAAGUCGUGAACCACCGGUCAAACAGUUUGACGGAGCACUCGCACCCCAAACGACGUCGGACGUUAUAUCCCCACACACACACGCAACGAAUGUCUGCUCGACCCCUUCCUUGAUAAUAUCAUAAUACUGUGUUUGCGUCACCAUCAUCUCUGUCCUUUUCGCCAUUAGUGGAAUCCCCAUUGCUCUUUCUCACUCUGAGCCUCUGAGGAGAGAGAAGAGAGAGAGCGAGAGAGAUGGAAGGACAGAGAAAGGUGGGGGUGGCGGUCGACUUCUCGGAGUGCAGCCGGAAAGCGCUGACAUGGGCGGUGGACAACGUUGUCCGCGACGGGGAUCACCUUAUUCUCGUCACCAUUCGCCCCGAGGGCAACUACGAGGAGGGCGAGAUGCAGCUAUGGGGAACCACCGGCUCACCUUUAAUUCCUUUAAGCGAGUUCUCUGAUCCUAUCAUCAUGAAGAAAUAUGGAGUUAAGCCUGACCCUGAAACCUUGGAUAUCGUCAACUGUGUUGCUAAGCAGAAAGAGAUUGUGGUGCUCCUGAAGAUAUACUGGGGCGAUCCCCGGGAGAAGAUAUGCGAAGCCAUUGAUGAUAUUCCGCUGAGUUGCCUAGUUGUUGGAAACAGGGGACUUGGCAAGAUCAAGAGGGCAAUCUUGGGCAGUGUCAGCAACUAUGUGGUGAACAACGGUUCUUGUCCUGUCACUGUGGUGAAGUGUACGAGUCCUCAAAACUAGUUCCCCCCUCAAGCUCAGCUGUUUCCUCUUCUGGGAUGUAUUGAAAAUGCAGUUUCUUCUGCCGCUAAGACUCCUAAAUCUCUGAUCGGGAAUAUAUGUUGUACCAAAUAAUCCUUCAUUUGUAACUUGAUCCAACAUUGAGUGAACAAGUUGCACAUGUUCGCUGCUGUUGUCCUUGUUGUGUUUUAGUUGUGUUCGCUGCUGUUAUGUUGUUGUAUGUUAUGUGAGCUAAACUUGCCAUGGGAUAAUUUUGUGCAUGAACCCUUUCAAGUUAAUGGAAUUCUCCUUGCUCCUCUUGUUGCAAGCA